AUAUUUAUUAUCCAAAGUGAAGACUCCAACUUGUGCAUUAAAGUGGCCACAGUUGGCCUUGUUCUGGAAGACUGCGGUCAGCUCUCAAAAGACAUGUUAUGGAAAUGGGUAUCCAAUCGCCGUCUUUUCAACAUAGGCAGAAGUACCUGUCUAGGACUGAACAUCAGUAGACCAGAACAGCCGUUAAGCAUGCUUGAAUGUGAUUCAACUCAAUACUCGUUAUGGUGGAAUUGUGAUGGAAGAGCAUUAGUUGGUGUAUCAGAGUACAGAUUAGCCAUUGAAAACAGCAAACGUAUUGUGGCCAAAAAAAAAUCUCCUUAUCAGUGGAAACAGUACAUGUCCUAUGAUGAAGACCUUUGUGAACACCCAUUUCAAGAAACAUACACCUUGCUGGGAAAUUCUUUUGGUUUCCCAUGCAUUUUUCCAUUUAAAUAUAACAACAAGUGGUAUUAUGAGUGUACCAGAGAUGGAAAGGAAUUUGACUGGUGUGCCACAACAACUCACUAUGAACAAGAUGAAAAAUGGGGGUUUUGCCCAAAUGCUGAGAGCGGCUGUGACAUUUUUUGGAAGAAGAACCCUGACACGCACAUAUGCUACCAGUUCAACCUUGCGUCUGUGCUGACCUGGCGUGAGGCACGGGCCGCCUGUCAGCUGCAAGGAGGAGACCUGCUGAGUGUCACCGACCCCGAAGAGCAGAACUACAUAAGUAACUUAAGCAGGCAGCUAAAUGCCACAGACAUGAUGCUGUGGACAGGCCUGAAUCGCCUGGAGGAAGAUGCUGGCUGGCAGUGGUCAGAUGGAGCACCGCUAGCAUUUGUGAACUGGAGAGCAAAUGUCUUUGAUGACCGUUUUAAAGAAAAUCAUUGUGCAGUGAUUACUUCAAAACUGAAGAACGGCUGGCAAAGUUAUUUAUGUGAAGCUGGAUUGCCUUUCGUAUGCAAAAAAUAUUUAAAUAAGACAGAGCAUGAAACAUUAGGUACAUGGAAGUAUUACGAUACUCGUUGUGACGCUGGCUGGUACCCACACAAUCGCAACUGCUACAGACUUUAUAAAGAGGAGAAGAACUGGAACGACGCUUUUAUCUCAUGCCAAGGCGACAAUAGUGGGCUCAUUAGUAUAGCCUCCAUGGCAGAUGCAGAGCUGCUCCUUAACUUGCUUGAAAGUGAAAAUGUAACUGAAACAUGGAUUGGGUUAUACAGUAAUAACACCCCCAUUGUUUUUGGGUGGUCAGAUAGCACCCCAGUAAAAUUCUCCAACUGGCACAGCCAAGAACCUAACACCUUUCAAAGAACAGGACAACUCUGUGUUUCAGCACAAGGAUCUGAGGGACAUUGGAAGGUUAAAAAAUGUGAAGAGAGAUCUUUCUACAUUUGCAAAAAAGUAGGGGAAUUGAAUAAUGUCUCUCCUGAGCUGGAAUCAAGUUGCCCAGAGGGAUGGGAAAGACAUGGUGGAUAUUGUUACAAAAUCGACAGUACCCCUCGAAGUUUUGAACAUGCUUCCAGUGGUUAUUUCUGCCCAUCUGCACUUGUAUCAGUAAAAAACAGGUUUGAACAAGCUUUUAUUAACAGCAUGAUCCGUAGGAUGGUAAAAUCUGAGAGAACUUAUUUCUGGAUAGGAUUGCAAGACCUUAACAACACAGGAGAAUACUUUUGGCUAAGUACAGCGGGAAAGAACCNUCAAGUGCUUUAUUCUGAUACUCAACACUUAUUCCCAUGUCUAGGUCAUUCUGGAGGAUGUGUGGCUAUGCGAGGGCAGCACCCCAUUGGUUACUGGGAGGUGAAGAGCUGUAAGAACUUCAAAGCAAUGUCAUUGUGCAAGCAAAAAAUCAAUUCUUAUGAAGAACCUGAACUUACUUUUCAAAAACAUUUGAGUUCCUGCUCUUUUGGAUGGGAGUCAGAAGCUAAUCUGCUCAACUGCUACAAGAUAUUUCACAAUGAAAAAGUUCUGAUGAGAAGAACAUGGCAUGAAGCAGAAGCAUUAUGCCAAGAUUUUGGAGCACAUCUUGCUAGUUUUAGCCAUGUCUAUGAAGAGACAUUUUUAAACAAUCUAUUAUAUACAAUUUUUGAUAGGACAGAAGAAAGACAGUUCUGGAUUGGAUUUAAUAAAAGAAACCCGCUUUCUGGAGGGACAUGGCAGUGGUCUGACGGAACACCUGUUGUAUCUUCAUUUUUGGAGAGCAAGUAUAUUGAAGAUGACUCAAGAAGCUGCGGUGUGUUCAAAGUAAAUAGCACAGUCUUUCCAGCACACUGCAAUGAAAAGCGUGAAUGGAUAUGCAAAAUACCAAAAGGUGUUAAACCAAAGAAUCCGAAUUGGUACAUAGCUGAACUGCCAUGGUCAUAUUAUCAAGGAGCGGAAUAUCUUUUCCAUGUCAGUCCUGCGGACUGGGAAACCUAUGAGUUUGUCUGUGGUUGGCUUCGCAGUGGAACGGCAACUAUAAAUUCUGCUGGUGAACAAGCCUUUAUUCAAAAUAAAAUUAAGAAGCUAUCGAAUAGUGAUGUUCACUGGUGGAUUGGAUUGCACACAGAAAACCUCCAUGAUGAAUUUCGCUGGAGAGAUGAAUCACCAAUAACAUAUCAGAACUGGAAUGAAGGGAGGGAGAGAGAUCCACAGAAACCAGGGAAAAGAUGUGGCUUCAUUUCAUCACAAACAGGACUCUGGGGUGAUGAAAACUGUACUGUCUCUCUUCCCUGUAUUUGUAAACGUAAACUUGCAUGGAAAAUAGAGAAAGAGAUUCCAAAAGACCAGAACCAACAAGGAAUGUGUCCCAAAGGCUGGUUGCACUUUGGAUUCAAAUGCUUUUUGAUACAAAUUCCAAAGGAUCCAGAGCAUCUGAGAAGCUGGUACUCUGCACAAGAGUUCUGCAGUAGCUAUGAUGGGUCACUCGCUUCCCUCGAAGAUGAACUAGAACAAGCUUUCAUAACAAUGAAUCUAUUUGGACAGAAAACUAGCGUUUGGAUAGGUUUGGAUAGUGGUGAUUACGAAAAAUGGGUGAAUGAAAAACCUUCGAUAUAUUCCAACUGGUCUCCAGUUGAAGUAGUGGAUAGACAGCGUUAUAACAGUGCAAACAUUCAAGAACAACUUCCACUAUGCACAUUGGUAUCAAAUAACCCUAAUUUUUAUUUUACGGGAAAAUGGUACUUGGAAAACUGUCAGAAAAAUUAUGGGUUUAUCUGCCAAAAGACUCAGGACACAUCCAGACAUGUCAUCAAUGCAUCUGAAAUGUACCCUGUGCCAGAUACUUUAGAAUAUGGAAACAGAACGUAUAAACUGUUACGUGGGAAUUUUACAUGGUCCUCAGCUUUAAAAACCUGCAUGGCAAAUGGGGCGGAGUUGGUCAGCAUCACAGACCGGUAUCACCAAGCUUUCCUCACGGUCAUUGUGAAUCGGCUGGGAUACAACCACUGGAUCGGGCUGUUCACUUCGGAUAACGGGCUUAACUUUGAAUGGUCGGAUGGGACUAGGUCUUUGUUUACCUUCUGGGAAGACGACGAGUCCCAGGCCUUUGGCAGCUGUGUUUACAUUGAUACUUCGGGGCACUGGAAAAGUGCUAACUGCGAGCGACUUCUGCAAGGAGCAGCUUGCCAUGUGCCACCUAAAAAGAAACUCUCUGCCUAUAAAGGCUUAUGUUCAGAAAAAAAUGUUCCCUGGAUCAAAUUCAAAAACAGUUGCUACAGCUUUUCCACAGUUCUGCAGGGCACAAGUUUUGAUACUGCCUAUGAAGUCUGCAAAAAUCAAGGAUCAAAUCUCCUAACUAUUCAAGAUGAAGAUGAAAAUGCUUUCAUUCUGGAAGAAUUGCACAGUUUUGGUUAUUCUGUGCAAAUGGUUUGGUUGAACAUCCUGCUUGUUACAGAUAAUGAGACAAUCUCCUGGUUUGACGGCUCUCCCUUAAAUUAUUCUAACUGGGGCAUCAGGGAGCCUGAAUUUGAUCAUCUCAAAGGGAAUUUCUGUAUCAGUCUGAGGACCACAGAUGGAGUCUGGCAUUUAUCUCCAUGCAGAGAAAAAAAGGGAUUUGUGUGUAAAAUGGAUGCAGAUAUCAAUGCAACAGAACCCUCUGCAAAAUCAUCAUACCGUGGGCUUGCAGCUCUGGCCGUUCUCGUGACCUUGGUGAUGCUGGGUGCCAUUUCCCUUUUUCUGUGGUGCCUGUACAAACAGAAUAACCAACUCUUCCGCAGGAUACUGUGGGUCAGAAACGCCUAUUUGCCACAGAUCAAUGCUGACGUUCCUGCUUUGGAAGAAAGCAUCCUCAUUUCUGAUUUUGAGAGAAGCGACAAUUAA